GGCCUGGGAGCCAGAGAUCCCAAGCGCUCGGUACCCCCGGGGCCGAAGUGGGGGGCAGCUGGGGGCGCAGGCCCGGGGGAUGCUGGGCUCGGUGAAGAUGGAGGCCCACGACCUGGCCGAAUGGAGCUACUACCCGGAGGCGGGCGAGGUCUACUCUCCGGUGACUCCUGUGCCCACCAUGGCCCCCCUCAACUCAUACAUGACCUUGAACCCUCUGAGCUCUCCUUACCCCCCUGGGGGGCUCCCGGCAUCUCCCCUGCCCUCAGGACCCCUGGCUCCUCCAGCUCCCGCAGCAGCCACUGCCCCCCUGGGUCCCACUUUCCCAGGCCUGGGUGGUGGCAGCGGCGGUGGGAGCAGCAGCUCGGGGUACGGGGGCCCGGGAGCCGGACUGGGGCCCGGGAAGGAGAUGGCCAAGGGGUACCGGCGGCCCCUGGCCCACGCCAAGCCCCCCUAUUCCUACAUCUCGCUCAUCACCAUGGCCAUCCAGCAGGCCCCAGGCAAGAUGCUGACCCUGAGCGAGAUCUACCAGUGGAUCAUGGACCUUUUCCCCUAUUACCGGGAGAACCAGCAACGCUGGCAGAAUAGCAUCCGCCACUCGCUGUCCUUUAACGACUGCUUCGUCAAGGUGGCCCGGUCCCCCGAUAAGCCGGGCAAAGGCUCCUACUGGGCCCUGCACCCAAGCUCUGGAAAUAUGUUCGAGAACGGCUGUUACCUGCGUCGCCAGAAGCGUUUCAAGCUGGAGGAGAAAGCCAAGAAGGGGACCGCCGCUGCCAGGAACGACGCUGCUGGGGCCACUGCCGUGGUGACCGUCACCUCCCCUCCCCAGCCUCCUGCCCCAGAGCCUGACACCCCGGCCACCACUGGGGAGGAAGUUGGGGCUCUGGACUGCGGCUCCCCGCCUGCCUCCACGCCCUAUUUUCCGGGCCUGGAGCUCCCCGGUGAGCUGAAGCUGGACCCUCCUUAUAACUUCAAUCACCCCUUUUCCAUCAACAACCUCAUGUCUGAGCAGACGCCUGCGCCCCCCAAACUGGACGUGGGGUUUGGGGGUUAUGGGGCUGAGGGGGCCGAGCCUGGGGUGUACUACCAGAGCCUCUACUCACGCUCCCUGCUCAAUGCCUCCUAGCAGGCCUGGUGUGGG